CGACGUUCUAUCACAAUGCGCAGUCUUAGAUUACCACCUCGACGACAGCAAACAAGCAUCGUGUUGUUAGCGCUUGGAAUUCAUUUUCAGUUGUUCCUUAUAAUUCACGUAUUGAACAUCUCGGUUGUUAUUGUCUUCAAGCUUUAUUCAACGAACAAAUGAAAUAUAACUUGUAAACACUUCACCGUUCGUCAUGGAAAACAUACACGCAAAUAUAUUCGAUAUAACUCAUAUCGAUGUCAACAAAACGACAACUAGUUUCGUCAAAGAUGCGCCGAAAAUUUCGAGAUAUACGUUGGCCGAUUCGGCUGACGGAUCAAAUAACGAUAUGGACUAUCAUAUUGAAAUAAUUACCAAGAAUGACAAAUUGAGAGUACUGAAGUUUUUGAGAAGAUUCUUCUUUAGAGACGAACCACUCAAUCAAAGCAUUCAACUGAUUCCGGAAGGUGAAGAUAGUACUUGCGUGGAACUGGAGGAUUAUUGCAGCUACGCAUCGUUUGAAAAUAAUUUGAGUCUGAUGGCAGUUUCCGCCAAUGGUGGGAUUAUUGGGGUUCUGCUUAACGGUAAAAUGGAUCCUCCGCUGGAUGAAGAAGAGCCAGAAUACAUACGAUUAUGUAAGAACGCAAAAUUUAAAAAAAUAUUGAAAUUACUACAUCACAUAGAUAGAAAUGUGAAUGUUGACGGACGAUUCCGAGACUUGAAUGUCUUAGAAAUAAGAAUAAUUUCGGUAGACACAAACUGGCGAGGAAAAGGUGUUGCAAAGACUCUCAUAGAAAAAACAACAGAAAUUGCGAAAGAACAAGGAUUUCAUUAUAUCAGGGCGGAUUGUACAUCUUUAUUCUCUGGUAAAUUAUGCGCACGUCUCGGGUUUGACGCGAUAUACACACUUAAUUAUACUGAUUACGUCGAUGAAAACGGACAGCCGAUAUUUUCACCAGCGUCGCCUCAUACAACGGCUAUCAGUUACGUAAAAAAAUUAUAACACACAAGAUUAAAUCUGCUCCCAGUAAAAUUUGAUAGAAUUAAAUUGAAAUUUGAGAUAAGUAGAAUCUGAAAGAAGUAUGCCCCAAAGCAGAGUUUUUAACUUGGUGUGCAAGCAAAGAAUCCAUACAUGCGUCGCAAGUCGCAAGAGCUUGAGAUUAAAAGAAAUGAGAAAGAUAUUGAGAAACAAAUAAAAAUAAUCGCACGAAACUAAUAAAAAGAAAGAAGAAAGAAAAGAGAAAGAAACACAGUGAGUGUGAAAGUUUUGGCAAAUUUAGCUCUGGCUUAUUGUUAGUGUGCCGCGAAUUUAAAAAUCCAGACGAGGAAUUCUGCUUUAGGAAAUUAUAAACACAAAGUUAAAAAUUUUCAGUUUUCAUUUAUAUAGUUGUUUUAAUUUGAAAACUUAAAUAUUUUGUGUACACUUUAUA